GAUUCCCCUCCUCAUAAGCCGUCCGCCCCGUCUCCAACCCACCAUCUCUCUCCUCCCCCAAACCCCACGCGGCGACGGGCGCAACAGAACCCAGCCUCCUCCUCUAGGGUUUGCGGCCGCCGUCGGGGGCGGAAAACCGGCGGCUACGGCGGCGAUGGCGGGCCACGGGCAGGACCGCAAGACGAUCGAUCUGGAGGAUGGGUGGGCGUUCAUGCAGCGGGGCAUCACCAAGCUCAUCAACAUCCUCGAGGGCAAGCCCGAGCCGCAGUUCAGCUCCGAGGACUACAUGAUGCUCUACACGACGAUAUACAACAUGUGCACGCAGAAGCCACCGCACGACUACUCGCAGCAGCUCUACGACAAGUACCGCGAGGCCUUCGAGGAGUACAUCCGGGCCACGGUCUUGCCAUCAUUAAAAGAGAAGCAUGAUGAGUUUAUGCUCAGAGAGCUGGUACAAAGGUGGUCAAACCAUAAAGUUAUGGUUAGGUGGCUUUCACGCUUUUUCCAUUAUCUUGACCGGUACUUCAUCACACGGAGGUCGCUUACUGCACUUAGAGAUGUUGGGCUUAUUUGCUUCCGAGACCUGAUAUUUCAAGAGAUCAAAGGGAAGGUAAAAGAUGCGGUGAUAGCUCUGAUUGAUCAAGAGCGUGAAGGUGAACAGAUUGACAGGGCCUUGCUGAAGAACGUCUUGGAUAUAUUCGUUGAAAUUGGGUUAGGUAAUAUGGAUUGUUACGAGAAUGACUUCGAAGAUUUCUUGCUCAAGGAUACUACAGAUUACUAUUCUGUCAAAGCUCAAAGCUGGAUUGUUGAGGAUUCUUGUCCUGAUUACAUGAUAAAGGCUGAAGAGUGCCUGAAAAGAGAGAAGGAGCGAGUUGGUCACUACUUGCAUAUUAAUAGUGAGCCGAAGUUGCUGGAGAAAGUGCAAAAUGAAUUGCUUGCCAGUUAUGCAACCCAACUUUUGGAGAAGGAGCAUUCUGGAUGUUUUGCAUUGCUUCGGGAUGACAAGGUUGAGGAUCUUUCAAGGAUGUACAGACUCUUCUCAAAAAUCACCCGUGGUCUGGAACCUAUUUCUAACAUGUUUAAAACGCAUGUUACGAAUGAGGGUACAGCUUUGGUCAAGCAAGCAGAAGAUUCUGCUAAUAACAAGAAGCCAGAGAAGAAGGAGAUGGUUGGCAUGCAGGAACAGGUUUUUGUCUGGAAAAUCAUUGAGCUGCAUGACAAGUAUGUAGCAUAUGUGACAGAUUGUUUUCAGGGCCAUACACUCUUUCACAAGGCACUUAAAGAAGCCUUUGAGGUCUUCUGCAAUAAGGGUGUCUCUGGCAGUUCCAGUGCUGAAUUACUUGCCACCUUCUGUGACAACAUUUUGAAGAAAGGCUGCAGUGAGAAGCUCAGCGAUGAGGCCAUUGAGGAUGCCCUUGAGAAGGUGGUGCGGUUGCUUGCGUACAUUAGUGAUAAAGAUCUCUUUGCCGAGUUCUACAGGAAGAAACUUGCAAGGAGAUUGCUUUUUGACAAGAGUGCCAAUGAUGAACAUGAAAGAAGCAUCCUGACAAAGCUCAAGCAGCAGUGCGGCGGGCAGUUUACUUCAAAAAUGGAAGGCAUGGUUACUGACCUUACUGUUGCAAGAGAUCAUCAAACUAAGUUUGAAGAGUUUGUAGCUGAUCAUCCGGAGUCGAAUCCUGGGGUAGACUUGGCUGUUACUGUCUUGACAACUGGAUUCUGGCCAACCUACAAAACUUUUGACAUAAACCUUCCCUCUGAGAUGGUGAAAUGUGUAGAGGUUUUUAAGGAGUUCUACGCAACAAGAACAAAGCACAGGAAGCUUACCUGGAUAUACUCCUUGGGGACCUGCAAUAUCAGUGCAAAAUUUGAUGCUAAAACUAUAGAGCUCAUUGUUACAACAUAUCAGGCUGCACUGCUGUUGUUAUUCAAUGGAUCUACUAAGCUUAGUUACUCUGAGAUUGUAACACAGCUGAACCUGUCAGAUGAUGAUGUUGUCCGUUUGCUCCAUUCUCUCUCUUGCGCGAAAUACAAGAUUCUUAGCAAAGAACCAGCUGGUAGAACUAUUUCGCCCAAUGAUUCUUUUGAGUUCAAUUCAAAAUUUACUGACAGGAUGAGAAGGAUCAAGAUACCCCUACCUCCUGUUGAUGAGAAGAAAAAGGUUGUUGAGGACGUUGACAAGGACCGGAGGUAUGCAAUUGAUGCAUCAAUUGUGCGUAUCAUGAAGAGUCGCAAAGUUAUGGCCCAUACACAGCUAGUUGCGGAAUGUGUGGAGCAGCUCAGCCGCAUGUUCAAGCCUGACUUCAAAGCAAUCAAGAAGAGGAUUGAAGAUCUCAUCACGAGGGAUUACCUGGAGCGGGACAAGGACAACGCCAACACAUACAGAUAUCUGGCUUGAUUAGUAUUGGUGGUAGGUUGCAAGCUUGCUGAUGGUGGCAGCUGCCGUGUCACGUUCAUGAUACGCUCCAAUGACUUGCUGCGAUGUUGCAGCUUAUUUUGGGGAUUUCGGUUGCUAUCUUCCCGGGCUGGUCUCAUUUUGUACAUGGGUCGUCAGAAACACUAGUAGGCAUCUCUGGUUUAGAGGAGGCACCUCGGUACCACUGAAUUAUCCUUCUCUUGCAGUGCUUUUCAAGUAUGACUUAGAUAAUUCCUUGCCCUUCGUA